GGUGGCCACAUCGUCGCACCGGCACCAGCAAGCAUCCUUCCUCUAGGCCCAAGAAGGGACACCACUAAGUUUAAACAAACAUGGAUCCACAAACAUUUCUAGACAUUGCCACUAAGGUCACAAAACUAAAGAUGUAUCCGUUUUUCGAUAUAGCACAUUACACAUUGAUGUGCAUGGCGGUGAGAGAGGAUAUUCCACAAACCAGUUCAGGGUCACCAUUUUCCAGAAAACAUCCUCUAUCUUGUUGGCUUUCCAGUAUGCUGCUUUGUUUUGGAGGUAGUAUAAUAGCUAAUAUGUUGCUAGGGGAGAGUAUGUUGUCACCCUUCAAAGAUCACCGAAGCAUCCUUACAGCAACAGCAGUCUGGUACCUUAUCUUCUAUUCUCCAUUUGACAUUGUUUACAAGAUUGGACGGUUCCUCCCCUGUAAGUUAGUUGUAGCAGCACUGAAGGAAUGUCAAAGAGCACACAAAGUCUACCAUGCUGUCAUCCAUACGGCCAAGCUCUACCCCAAUGCCUACUUCGUAAUUAUUAUCAUAGGAACUGUAAAAGGUGCUGGAAGUGGUUUUAUGAAGAACUUUGAACGGCUGGUGCGAGGUUUGUGGAUCCCAGGCACCAAUGAACUUUUGCAACCAUCUUUCGUUACCAAAGCUUGUAUUGUGGCAUCAUGUGUAUUCUUGCUUGAGCGACUCAACUACAUCACUGCACCUCAUCCUCUUAUCUACUUCGGCAUCGUCAUCUUCUUUGUGUACUUCAAACUGUCAGCCCUGCUCUUAGGCAUUCACGAUCCAUUUGCACCAUUUGAGAACCUCUUCUGUGCUAUAUUUAUGGGAGGUAUGUGGGAUGCCAUGAGGAGAGCAGUCACACCAGAGAAGAAGGAGGAAGACAAAGAAAAUAAGAAUGACAUACCAGUCAAGAGUAAAGAGGACAAGAAAAAGGAUUAAACUCUCUGGCUAAAAAUGAUGAAUAUAAGAGUAUCAAUUGAAUUUUUUAUAGCUUAUGAGGAAAUGAUUUUCUAAAAUAAGAUUUUGUGUGUAAAAAAGGGCCUGCAAAAGGGAAUUAAUCAAUUGAUACGGGGGAAAGUUGAGGACUACAUACUGUAUUUUGUUAAAUGCAGUGUACUGUCUUUAGGUAAUUUGUCAUACCUUUCUUAUCUGUGAAUUUUUUUAUCAAUAUCCUUGCAUUUAUUUUCCACAAGGAUGGUCACAGAUUGAGAAGAAAUACAGCAUUAGUGUCAGAGAUAGAAAGGUUCCCUCACAAGUACUCCCUUUUGUGACGAAGGAUUUUUUUUAGAAGCAUAUGUCAUGAAUAAUGGUUGUCAGUAUUUAUACAUUCUUUUGAUAGAAGACAUGAAUUAUCUAGUUGCAUCAUUUAUGUUAAUAAGAAUAGACAUAUUCUAGCACCACCUUUUUUUUGGUGGAAUUGAAAGUUUGAUGUGAUCAUUCUUUUUGCAUAAAUUAAUCUUUAUUCUUAAGUCUGAAUUUUAAUUUUAGUGAACAUAUUAUAUGAAAACAAAUAGAUCUAAAGAACUAUUUUAUUAUUCUUAAAACUAAAGAGCAUUAAUGAGUUCUUUAAUUUGCAAAAAUCAAAAGUUAUUAUUUGUAUAUAUGUUGGUACAUGUGCCACACAUCAGAUCUGCCAUUGUUAUAGAAAGGGUGUAACUAUUGAUCAACUCAAUUAUCAAAUAGAUAUAUUUUUUAUAAGCCAACCAUCAAAGAUCACAAUUAACUACUCUCCACAACUUGUUUAUAAAACCAAGAGGUAGGAUUAUAAUGUAUAAUUAAAAUUAUCAAGCUAUUCAGCAUAAGCAAGUCCUCAAGACAAUAUCAAUAUCAUCUUUAUAUUAUGAACAAGAUCUGAGGCUAUUCUUUGUUCAAUGAAUAUAAUCUGAGGCAAUUAUACCUGAAAUUCUUUGACUUCGAUUCCUAUGUCAAAUGUCAAAAAAAAAUUUCAAUCAUAUUCUCAAAUUUGGAGAAUAUUAUACCUACAUCAGGAUCAAAGGCUACAUGUACCCUGGUAUAUAUGUCAAUUAUUAUAGGUGACUUUUCAAUCCAUACUGUUUACUCCCAGAUAUCGCAAAAUAUAUUAGUCAUUAAACAUUCCCAUAGAUCCCACAGCUUAACCUUCACCUUGUCUCAUGUAGACAAAGUUGGGUGUAAUGUGUCGCAAGAAUUUGUAUAUUCUAACAAUCUGAUAAAAUUGACAUGAUUGUCAAAUUAUAAAGCAGUAAUUUUAGGCUGCAGGAUAGGAUUUUUCAUUAGAUUUCACUAAUGUAAUAUCAUGCUACCUAUCAAAGUUGAUUCUAAAAUGGGUACUAGAUAGUAAUCCAUUAAAAAUACAUCUAUACCAGAGAUUGGUAGAGCUUAUGGCUUCUCUAUUUUACAAGUUGAAAUGGUGUGUGUCAUUCUGAAGUUGUGGACAUGCGAAGUCCAGCAUCAACAUUUAGAUUCUGUUUUAUUUGAGAAUAGAUUACAAAAAUCAGUCAACAUCAAUUUAAUAUACAUGUAUUUGGAUAAAAGUUACUUCAUGUAUAUCUAAAUUUUUUGUAAAGGGUUACUGAGGUAUUUACAUUUCAAAAGAUAUUAUUGAAUUUGUUUGUCAGAAUUUGUUCAGCAUGUUUUGAAUCAGUCAUAUUCUUUAUUUCAUAAAUUCUUUUGAAAUGAUAUAUAGUACUGUCAUCAGUUGUUACAGUGUAUAGUUGGUGAGUAUGUCUGAUGUACAUGUUUUUCUGAUGUAUACAAUCAAUAUUGUGUGAAUGUUAGUAAAUGAGGAUGUAAUAUGAAUGUUUUUUAAUGUCAAAUGUGCCAUCCUCAAUUCUUGUACUUUACUGCCUUCAGGCCCUAGUAUCAUACAACUGUCUCUGAAUUUUUUUUUCUUCAAAUGUUUCAGGCUUAUAUAUUCUGGAAUUUCAUCUGUUGCUUAUGGCCAAAAGCUCAUAGAUAAUACAUUUCAGAUCUUUAUAUUAGUACAUCUUUGCAUAAAAACAACCUUUAAAUUAGGAAAUGUGGUUUAAGAAUUAAAAUCAAAGAAACAUUUUCAGGGCCUGAUCCAAGCAGAAAGUAGGGAUUGGUUAACUCUACAGCCUUAAUUAAUGGCUAGAUUUUAUUUGUGUCAUAGAAACUAGGAAAAGUGCUUUUGGUCAUCAGACAUACACAUGUAGUUGUGUCAUUUAGUUUGUGUGAAACACAGACUCAACUUUUCAGAAUGAAGUUUGUGCAUUUUAUGUGAGUCUCUUUUUUUGUACUUUUGCAUCCAUGUAAAUUUUCAUCUAGUGUAAAGGAUUAUAUAGUUAUUGUUUUUCUUGCUGUGAACAUUGGUUUACAUCUAUAAUCAUUUGAAAGAAAUGAUAUUCUUUGCAAAUUUCCUCCAAAAAAUUUGUGCAAUUUUGUUUGUUUUAUAAAAUUGUGGCAAUAUAUUUUGUAUGUUUGGGUUAAUUCCUAGAAUCUAGUCAGUGAUGAUUUUCAAAACGUUUUGAAAAAAAUUUCUUUUCAGUAUGCAUAUAGAAGUGAAUAAUCAUCUGUGAAAAACUUUUAAAAUAUAAAAGAAGUGAAAUGCUUAAUACUCCAAGAACUUUAAUUGACUAAAUAGAGCUGUAAUAAAUCCAACCAAGGUUAUUUAAUAUUGUGUUCCAGUAUACAGCCUUAUUUUCUUUGUAUUUGUUUAUCAACAAGUUUAUGAGUAUUCAGAAAAUUGCAUACUUUAUCAUAAUUGGGUAUGAUAUAAAAAUGUUAUAUCUAAGUCAUGUCAUAAGAUGGAAUUUUUUAUUUCGCCGGUGCCUUUUGUCUAUGAUUAUUUAGUUCGUCAUGAGCUGAUAAGAAAUUUGCCAUAAACUUUUGAGAACUCUAUUUUAUGUUGACCAUGGCUGAAGACCAUGUGAUGUUGACCAUAGUUUAUGACCCGAUAUGUGAUGUUGGCCAUAGUUAAUGAACUUAUGUGGUGUUGACCAUGGUUGAUGACCCUUUGUGGUGUUGACCAUGGUUGAUGACCCUAUGUGCUGUUGACCAUGGUUGAUGACCCUAUGUGGUGUUGACAAUGGUUGAUGACCCUAUGUGGUGUUGACAAUGGUUGAUGACCCUAUGUGGUGUUGACCAUGGUUGAUGAACUUAUGUGGUGUUGACCAUAGUUGAUGACCCUAUGUGGUUUUGACAAUGGUUGAUGACCCUAUGUGGUUUUGACAAUGGUUGAUGACCCUAUAUGUGAUGUUGACCCUGCUUGAUGCCCCUAUGUGGUGUUGACCAUGGUUGAUGUCCCUAUGUGGUGUUGACCACGGUUGACGACCGUCUGUGUGGUUGACCAUGGUUGAUGACCCUAUGUGGUGUUGACCAUGAUUGACGACCGUCUAUGUCUGGUUGACCAUGGUUGAUGACCCUAUGUGUGGUUGACCAUUGUUGAUGACCCUAUGUCUGGUUGACCAUGGUUGAUGACCCUAUGUGUGGUUGACCAUGGUUGAUGACCCUAUGUAUGGUUGACCCUGCUUGAUGACCCUAUGUGUGGUUGACCAUUGUUGAUGACCCUAUGUAUGGUUGACCAUGGUUGAUGACCCUAUGCAGUGUUAAUAGUUUAUCACUGAUAGUGGUCAUUAGCUUCUGAACCUAUGAAAUUUGAUAUACAUAGCAUCAAUCCUAUGUAAUGUUUAUUUCAGUAGAUGACCAUUGUGUAGUUGAUUGUUACUUGUAGGUUGUAAUACUGUCUUGUAUAUUGACUGUCUUCAAUCCUGACUGCAUGUGUAUACCAGAGUAAAUAAUUAGACUGAAAAAGAGGUGUGUCUAUUUUCCCUGAUGGUCAAGUUUAUUCUGGAAAGUUUGUUGUGUACAUCAUGAAAUUCCUUUCAAUAAACAAGAUAAAAAAAAUGUA